AUGGACGGCCAAAAAUUCGUUUCAGAAAAAGAAUUUCGUGAAAUGCAAAACUGCAAUAAAUUUAGCGGUAGCCGAUUUCAAAAGAUCGACGACUUUGACUCAUUUCAUCAAUCCAAUCUUGUUGGUAUGCCGAUUUCAUAUCAAAACGAGCAAACUAAACGAAAUGGGAUGAUACUUUCUAUCAAUGGAAUUAAAGUCAUAGGAAAUGACAUCACCACCAUAUCUGAGUUAAGACAGAAGCUUCAGGACAAGGAUGGUAUUCUGCCGAAUAAACUAAGUAUAGUUUUUGCUGGUCGAAAAUUGGGAACAACACUUUUAGCACACAAUGUUAAAAAUGAAAAUACACUUUUAACAUACAAUAUUAAACAUGAAAAUACACUACAUCUUAUAGUGAGACUUCCUGGUGGUGGUUGCGUAUUCAAUUAUAUGCCUUCUUCUUUAUUGGACCCACAAUUCGAUUACGAUUUUACAAAUAUUGAUGAUGGUGAGAAUCAAUAUACGCGUGGCGGUAUUCCGUAUCGAAGACCAUGUGGAUGGCAACGCUUUGCAAUAAAGGUUACCGGGAAGUAUGGUGAUGAUGAUAAAUGGCUUGGAACUGAUGAAAAUUCCUGGCCGGUGUCAUAUCAUGGUACUGCAAAGCAUAAUGCGAGAAAAAUUUGUGAGGAAGGUUAUUUAUUGAGUAAAGGGAAGCGUUUUCUUUUCGGUCGUGGUAUUUACUCGACGCCUGAUGUGAACAUAGCUAAAGACUAUGCGACGGAAUUUGAGUUUGAGGGAAAGAAAUAUAUUAUGAUAUUUCAGAAUCGAGUGAAUCCAAUGAAUUUAGUGAAAAUUGAAGAACAUAAUUACUGGAUUUCCAAGGAAGACAAAGAUGUCAGACCAUAUGGAAUUUGUAUCAAAAGAAUAUAA